UAUUAUUAAGGUUUUCAGUGUUUUUAAAAACUGCUAUUUUUACGAAUUAAUAAUGAAUGAUAAUGAUUGAUUCAGGUGGAAAUGCGGGAAUGAAGCACUUUCGCCAUGCUGUUAAGCCACGAGGGACUGCUUCACAAGGGCUCAGAGUUCUGUCAGGCCAUUAAGUUUGUCAUUAAACUGCAGAUCUCUACACUGCUUCAACAGCUAGCAGAAUCGGGUGAAGAAAGUGUCGUCCUAACUGCAAAUGUCUUAGAAGGAACAGCGGAUCGUCUCGGCUCGUUGCGAGGCACUGGGUUCCUUGAAGAUCAUGAACAGCUUGGCAAUCAGUUUCUCUCAUAUUGUGCAGAGACCCGGCGAUUCUCCGUGGACGAUGAGGGAGACAAUUUGCCAGCCAGAACUACGUACAACGACUCCCUUCUGUCCCCAACCAUCCCCAAAGCCACCUCUCCAUAUAGCCGGACUGACACUGUACGAGCUAGAUACGAAAGGGAGAGCAGCACAUCUGACUCAGUUUUCUCCCCUGAUAGACGAAAAAGUAGUGCCAGUUCCAAAAGUCUUGACGAGGAUGUUGCUAUGCUUACAAGCCAGGAUUAUUCUGACACACCUCGUUCAUUGAGUGAUUCUUCAACCACAUGGCCUCCAGACCUGGUAAUGGAAGGUGUGGAAAAGGGAGAACGUUCAGCAGGUUCUGGAAGUCGGUAUGUUUCCAUUGUGCGUAGCCCGACCGGUCGAUCAGGGUCGUCAAGUUUAGCAGAGUCUGAAAAAUCAAAACACAUUUCUAAGAGCCCUUUGAGUGAAAGCGUGGAACACAUAAAGCAGAUAACUCUUUCUAGUCCUUCAGAAUUUCAGUAUAAACGUUACCAUCAACACGCCGGUGGAUUUCCGGGCGGGAGCGGGUCGGGAACAUUUGAUCCCCAGUUACUACCUCCAAUGUUUGAACUAGUUUCUCCACCUAAACCUCAGGAACUCACCGUUCCCACUGCAUCUAGCGAAGAAACUGAUGUUUCCUAUAACAUAAAAUCAAACACACCUUCAUCAACGGGUAGCGGCACUUUGAUUAGCUCAGAAGUAGAAAUGGCCGAACAAACGCCAAUGAAUUUAACUGGGAGCGAGAAAAACCAAAGCAGUGAACUAACUCCCUCUCCUGCUAGUACCACCGGCAGUGAAUCAGUUUUCUGUCAAUAUCCAGUCUACAAAGUUCCUUACCCUGCCUACCCAUCAGGAAUGGUAAGACCAAAAACAGAAGAAACAAAUUCAGAUUUACCCUACAGACUGAUGCUGGGCGCUUCAUACGAGGGUCAAGACGCUGAGGCUAAGUAUAAAACUCAGAUGAUUCAAUCCGAGAGUGCAGGUACAAAGUCCCAUCAAGGCACUGAGCAGUAUUCAUCCUUGACAGAAAGUCGUGAAUAUCAGUCAGAGCUCGGAGAGAUUUAUAGGCUUCCGAAAAAAAUGGAGUCAAAAUUGUACCACCAGCGAAAUAACAAUGGCGGAAGGAAACAGUCUAAGACACACGUUGAAAGGCGUUGUUCCGAGAGUAUGAUUCAGAACUAUGAAACGAGUGGUCUGUUUACAGCGUUUCAUAAAGACAAAGAAAUCUUAGGCACUGAGACGGUGAAGUUGGAACAUGACGUUAUUCUGCAGCCUGACAUAUCAAAGAGCUUUGAAGAAGCAGUGAAAAUUCAACAGAGUCUAUUUCAGACAAGUCUUGGGAUGUUCUCGCCAAUUCAGCGUCAAUUUUUACAGCCAAGUAGGCCAUUCCCGCAACGUGAGCGGAGCCAGUCUUUGAGCGAAUUUCAUACCUUGGCACAGGACAUACCUCAUCCCUCUGGUCGAGCGCGAUUUCCCAGUUCUAGUUUUGCAGAAAAUUUAGACUCUCCCCUCGUCAUAGAUGAUGAUUCAAAGCCGGAAUCAGAGUCCCGCGAAGGCUUGGAUCUUAGUAACAAAAAGCGUAAAAUGUCUGCUGAUGAUAUUUACCCCAUGUCAGCAGAUGAUCCCCAAGAAGGGGCUGGGCUUAAUGCGGCAGCCAAUCAGAGUGAAGAACAAGAGUUUGCAGGUGGAGCUGGCGUGAGUCGUUCACCAGAUGAUGGGGGUGUUGGGGGAACAAAAAAAUACGGGAAAGGGAAUUUUAUAAAAGUCGCUACGGGGUAUCAGUGCCGCAUUUGUUGCCGUGUUAUACGACACAUGAACAACACAACGGCUCACAUGCGUAUACAUGCGAACGUUAAGCCGUAUAAAUGCCAGGUCUGUAAUCAACAAUUCAAGUAUGAGGUGGAUCGAAGAUACCAUUUCUCGAAAAAUCACGUUGAUCUCUUUUCGAAAAUGUAUUUUCCCGACGAUAAAAAAUCUAGUUAAUUGUUUGAUUAUUUUUUUUGGCUUAUUUUAGUAUGGUCUGAUGUGAAGUCCUUUUUAGUUAUCAAUGACAUUAUUAGAUUUUCUGUUAAACGAUUCUUCAAUGCCUUGAUAUUGAUUUUAGAAAAAGGUCUUUAAAUUUCCUUUUUAAAAAAGUUUUUUUGAAACAUGGAUCAAAAUGAACAAAAGGCAAUAUUUAGAGUUAUCAUUAAUUGUUCAAAAUAUUAUGGUAUACAUAAUAAAAUAUUUUGAUUUUUAAAACAUUUCUUUCAAAUGAAUUCAAAACGAGAUGCUUUUACUAUUAUUAUUAUUGUUAAUAUUUUAUGUGUUUUGUGACAUAUGCCCCGUCAGUCUUAUGAAUUCAGUUAGUUCUAAAAUGUUUUGUACAAUUUUUGUUGUCAAAGAUACAAUAUUGUUAUGUUUAAUUUAGGUUUCUUAUGAAGAAUGAAUGUAAAAAUCACUAUGUCAAAUCAUCUGUGGCUGGCCAUUUAAAAAAAAAAGCCUUUAGAUUUAUAGUUUUUAUCUUCAAAAACUGAAAACAAGCAUCAAGUAAGUCAUACUGAAUUUUACUGUGGAUUAUAAGUUUGCAGUCACUGUUGAUUUUUAAUUGAAAACUCAACCCCAAAAAGUAAACUAUUUUUCACAAAAAUUUGGACCCAAAAUUCACAACCCUAACAAGUUAUCAUAUGGAUGGCCUCUCUUUCAAAUGCCAAUGCUACAAAAUCCUAUGUUUUCAGUAGCAACAUUAAUAUCCCCCAAAACUGUGAAGGUUAUCUCAAUCCUACCCACUAAGGCAGUCAAGUGAUUGUACUGUCAAUUCAAUUUAAAUAAAAUGUGUUUAGUUUAAGGAAUUAAUCAAAGCACUGAGGGUACUAUAGGAGUGUGCUUUGAGUGAUGGAUUUUUGUACAAUCAUGGCCAAAUGUGGUAUGAAACUUGGGAGUGAGCUGGAAUAAAAAAAGUACACUAAUCUUGCAAAAAGGAUGUUAGUCAUCACCAGAGAAAUAUUUGUGUUUGCCAAUUGAGGAAAUGAAGUAUUUGUCAUAUAAAAAAGUAUUGUCAUCAUGUAAACAAAUAACUAAAUGUGACAAUAUUAACCUUAAAUAAAACACAAAAAACAAGCUAAAAGAUGUCAGAAUGAUUUUGCUUUGAAAACUUAUGUGAUAUUGUUAAUGUUAUUUGUUAAAGUUGUUACUGGUGUUCACUAUUGUUGAAUUAGUUUUAACAUUAUACAUAAAUGAUAGUUUGAUAUGUAGUUUUUAUUGCCUUCAUGAGAAAACUACCACGAACGUAGUAUGGCCAAUAAAUAAUUUGUUUUAAUCCCAUCAUGAUUUUUUUCAUUUGGAUAGAAAUUGCCAAACUAACUAUUUAUUUUUUUGUGGCCGAAGUAGUAGAUUUUAAGAAGACAGACACAUGUUUGUGUAAAGUCAUUGAAGUGUUAUAUUAAGCACAAAGUGUUAUUUAUAAUUUGACUGCACUUUUACCCUUUUUUCUUGUUUGUUAUUAACUUAAGUUUUUAAUAGAUGUUGCAUCGAAAUAUACCUUGAAAAAAUGUAACAAACUAAAAGACAAACUAAUACUUAAGUUUCAAUAUGUAAAUAUGAAAUGAGUGAUUCAAGUUUUAAUAGAUUUUAAUUGUAAAAUAUUUUCUGUUUCAAUUUGUAGCUGUACAGAAGUGUAUUAUAUAGAGUCUAUGUUCAAUGUAAUGAUAGAAUAUGUUUUACUCAUUUCUCAACAUUUUAACAAGUGUAUGAUAUAUAGCUUUAUUUUUGGUCAAUGUAAUGAUAUAAUAGUUUUCAACAUUAUAAGAAAAUUAACUUCUAUGUGAUAAUCCUUGUUGAAGCUUAAAGCUGUAUUGUUAAUUUAACAAUAGUUCUAUGAGAGUUUGCUGUGGUAUCAAAUACUGCAUUUUAUCAAAGUAUUUUCCUCUAUUCAAUAUUGUUGUAGUACCUCGUGUUCAUCAUCUGAUAAAUUUGAAGUCUUUUAGAAUAUUGCGUUUUAGUGUGAAAACAUUUAACUAUUAAAAAUUAGCUGUCAGAAAAGUUACUUUUAACCAUUGUUACAUUUGUUAAUUAGCAUAACUUUGAUACAUUAUUUAUAAGGUAACAUAGUUUUGCCUAUGAUACAUUUUUUGUAAGUAAACAUAACUUGGACACAUUAUUUGUAAGUUAACAUACAUUUGACACAUUAUUUGUAAGUAAACAUACAUUUGAUACAUGAUUUGUAAGUUAACAUACAUUUGAGAUGUUAAUUGUAAGUUUACAUACAUUUGAUACAUUAUUUGUAAGUUAACAUACAUUUGAGAUGUUAAUUGUAAGUUAACAUACAUUUGAUACAUUAUUAAUAAGUAAACAUACAUUUGAGAUGUUAAUUGUAAGUUAACAUACAUUUGAUACAUUAUUUGUAAGUUAACAUACAUUUGAGAUGUUAAUUGUAAGUUAACAUACAUUUGAGAUGUUAAUUGUAAGUUAACAUACAUUUGAUACAUUAUUAGUAAGUAAACAUACAUUUGAUAUGUUAUCUUCAGUUAACAUACAUUUGAGAUGUAAUCUGUAAGUCAACAUACAUUUGAGAUGUAAUCUGUAAGUCAACAUACAUUUGAUAUGAAGUUUGUAUGUUUGCAACUACCUCUAGUAUGAUAUUUACAGGUUAACAUAUGUUGGCAUAUAUUUGUAAAUUAACAUACGUUGAACUUAUUUAACAUACCCAUACGACAGGCUCCAAUGUCACAAAACCUGAAGUCAAAUCUCAGAUUCGGUUUCAACUCAGUUUUGCAAAAAAUAUCAAAAAAAAGAUAUUCAAAGUUUUCACUGUUUUGAAACACAUUCCAACAUAGAAUAUGUUGAUUAAAUUUUUGGUCAAGAUUUAAAGGAAAAAAUAUUUUACAGCACGAGAAGUAAUUCAGUACAACUCAUUGUUUCUUAAUAAUUACUUAAAUUCAUUUUUUGCUCUAGAAUUAACUUUCUUUAAAGCUUUGGCAAAGCUUUGUUUUUAUUGACACAUUCUAUAAGAAAAUACAUUUUUAAUAAUUCUCUGCUUUUAUGUUUUAAAAUGAGUAAAGAUUGAGACUUGACUUGCGAAAUUUUGUGAUAUUGAUGCUUGAUCUACUGAAUUUUUGGAAAUUUUUAUUAAACAUACAUAUGAGUCCAAGUCUACGUGAAUUGGUUGUCCAGGGUUAUCACAUGACUUGUAAAUCUUUCUUUUUUUAACAGUUAUGAAAAUUAAGAUUUUUUCGGGACAACGGUUAUGAAAAUUAAGAUUUGUUCGGGACAACGGUUAUGAAAAUUAAGAUUUGUUCGGGGACAAUAUUAUAAAUUGACCAUUUGCGGCUUAAACAAAAAAUACAUUUUCUUUACAUAUUUGUAAAAUAAUAUUUUCUGCAUAUCAAUUACUGUCUGUGAUUUUUUUGGUGCAAUUUACUGCCUUCUAAAGGCUGUUUCCCAUUGCGAAAAAAGUGUUCAUUUUUCCCAAAAUUUUAUAUUUUCCAAAAUAAUCAAACACUGAUUCUGUGAAUGAAUAAAAAAAGCAAUACAUUUCUUAAAUAAAUAACAAAAUCUUGAUAAGAAUAGCUCUUUUACAGCAUAAUGUAUGCACAAAAAGUAAAAACAUUUGUAUUUGCUGUUAAAUUUUCUAUUUUUAAGCAUAACUUUGUAUUUUUCCCAAAGUCAAUAAAAAAACCAAUUAGAAGGAACAGGUGGUGAAAAAUUCCAAAAAAAAUCACAGACUGUAAAAGAUUUGGUUAAAUAAGAUGCUUUGUAAGCACAUGAUUUUAGGUGAAACUAUAACUGAUUAGGAGAAAUACCAUUGUAAUGAACUUUCCUAUUAGUAAGUCUUAUACUUUUUGCCAUUGUCGGCAACCACAUUACUUUCUUCCACUACACUUCAUACAUACUGUGGGAAAAUUGACUGACAAAAUUUCAUUUUAAUGAUUAUGCAUGAGGCAGGAGAGAUAAUUCUUCUUCCAAUGAAUUCACAUGUUACACUCAAAUAUUGUUCAAUAACAUUACAGUGUCAGUAGCCUCCAUGGCCAUGUGGUCUUGACUUGUACCAAAUAUUAUUGUACGGUACUGAGGCGGACCCAGAUCAACUCCGGCAAUCACCAGAAUAUUUUCAAAUGUAAAGCAUCUGGUACCUUGCGGAACCAAUAAAAACUGCCUCAUUAAUUAUUCAUGAUUACGAGAUUUUUGUAGCCAAAUUGCCCACGGUACACAACGAAGCAUAGCGUAGUGUGUAUGGGGAGGUAUCUGACGAUAAUAAUUCACCUGAUUUAACAAGAUUGUUUGAAUUGACAGAGUUGGUUAAACAUUUUACUUGAGUGAUAAAUGAACCCGGUUAAAAUUUGUUAUAUUAUGUUUUUGUUAUUGUUUGACUUGGAAGUAUUAUACCUCUAGUGGUAUGUUAAAAUGUACAUAUGUUAGAUGUUGAUGUUGACCUUAUACUGUUUGAAUUUGUGAGGCCCUUUUUUUGCACUUCUAUGAUUAUUGCGGGUUUGAAAUCAGCUAAACAAUUAUUUGAGCAUUGCGUUGACAAAUGUCAUUACUUGGGUGGAUAAAUAUCUGGCUAGGUUUGCAUCUAGCAACCUGAUUAGAUAAUGUAAAAUUGUGAAUAUUGACACUUAUUGGUUUGUGUAAAUUAAACCCUCGCAAAAUAUAAUCAGUCUACAGUUUCAUUUGUGUAUUGGUAUAGAGUUUAUUUUUGACUCACUAUAUUGGAUAGAGUUCCACUCUACAUAAACAGGGUCGGUAAACAUUUACAUUGCAUUUUACAGAUACUUCACAGAGAAGUGGCCACAUCAACCACCAAGACUUAAUCCUCUAGUUAUAUCAUUUUAGAGUAAAAUGGGUGCCAGGUAUCUAUAACUCUGGAGGGGUAAAAUGGUGUAGAAAAAGGAAGGGUUAACCUAUUAAAUUGAAAAAAAUAAUACUUUGGAUUACGUACUGGUAAAUAAUGUAAAAAGUCGGCAUCCGUUUUAUAAAUCAAAGUAAAAUAAAUUAUAAAUCAAAGUAAAAUAAAUUAUCUUGAUAUUUUUUUGUUAUUGACUUUAUAGGUUUAAGUUUUUGUUUUUUUAUAUUUUUACUGAAUGAUUUACAAAUAACACAUGGAACUUUUAACGCAUAGGUUUUUAUCAAUAUGAUUUCAUUUCUUCUCUUGAUUUUGUAAGAUCCUAUCAAACAUGUAUCAUACAUUUGCUUUGUUUUAAUUAAUAAUUCUUAGUAGUUAUAAUAUCCCCUUAAAAACUAAUAACCUUAUUUGGUCAAUUUAGGCAAAGCUUAUUUGAUUUUAUAAGUAAAUUUUUCAAUUCAAUUUGUGACAGUCACUAAAUAUACCCUCAGUCUGUUGAUUUUCGAUAAUUUAUCGGUCAUUUAUCGAUAAGAUUGCCCCUAUAAUGAAUUGUUAAAGUGUUAAUUAUAGUUGUUCUUCUGCAGUUAGCUAUACUAGUGUCUUUUAAUUUUAGUUUUAUAUAGUAUUUCAUGUAUAUAAGCAUUGUUUUUCUAUCAUGUGCUUUAAUAUGAGUUUUAUUUAGUUGUAUUUUGUUAUAUUACGUGCUAAAUGUGUAAGUGCUAUAUGUUAGCGCAAGUCUGUUGUAACCAGUUCUUGUUCCAUUUUGAGUUACAACUGUGUUGCACUUAAAGCCCAAGAGAUGUUUGCUGGAUUUAUUAUUGAUAAUUUUGCCUAUUUUAAUGUAUUAAGAUGAGCAGUUUUACUAGGAAAAGUCAUGAGAUAAAUUUUGACCCUGGGUAUUAUUAUUUUUUACCAAAAAUAUCUUUUUGGGGGUCUCCUUUAAAAUAAUGUAACAUUUUACCUGAAUAAGUAAUUUAUUUCCUAGGUGUUACAUCUUACCUGAAUAUGUUAUAAACAACCUAGGAAGUGCUCUUUAUACCUCUUAAACCUUUUUAAAACACUUUAAGGGGGAGAGUGGUCUAGUGGUAUAGUUGUCUGCCUCACACCUCACAGGCUGCGGGUUUGAUCCCCACCAGGGUGCGAGCGGUAAAGUUGUCCACCCUAGACCCAACAGGUUGUCUGUUUGAUCCCCACCAGGGUGCGAGUGGAAUAGUUGUCCACCUUAGAGCCAAGAGUCUUUGGGUUUGAUCCCCACCUGGGAAACAUGCUCAUGGUCGCCUGUAAUAAACAUCAGUACUGGUUCCUGCCCAGGAAACUGACUCAAAAUCUGAUAAGCUAAAAGCUUUCGUCACAAUCAAGCUUUAAGAAAUGAUUAUUUACUAAAACUUUGAACGAAUAACGGUUUUGCUCUGUUACAAAAGUACGAAAAGAAACCAAUCUUGUGUAUAGCAGAUUAGAGAUUUUUUUGUCACUUUUUCAUAUAACAAUUUAUAGAGCUCUGAUUACAUCUUUUGAUGUUGUUUUAUCUUUGAAAUAGGCAUUUUUUUACAUUUUUCACUGGAAAUUAGUAUUUUUGAUGUCUGACCUAUGAGUCCCUUCAAAACCUUUACACUCAGGUUUUAAACUAAACAUUACAAAUAUUAAAUAGCCCCCCUUCUCAUGUAUAACUCAGGAACCAUUCUUAUACACAUAGUUAAAUUAUUCACAUAAAAGAAACAAGAAAGAAAGGCUAAGUAUUUUUUUCUGGGUAUUUCACGGACGAAUAAUAGUAUACCUCAGGAACUCGUUUUUUUUGAAGAUGUUUAAAUUUCAUCUAGAUAUCUCAGUUUGAACGCCAUGUUUACCUCUCUUAAAACAUAUUCAUAUUCAUGAUCACAUUUGUACAUUUGUAUACAGUAGCCAAUAGCAACAGUAGCCAUUAGCUACUAUGUUGUUGUAUCUAAAAUAUGUUGUCAUUGCAGGUUGAAGAGUCAUGUGACUUACAGGGGUUCUCACAUGGAUCACCUCGGUCAAAAUUUCAGAGUUGCAACGUUCUUCAAAAUUCUGUCAAAUUGACAUUUUGACCAAGGAUUGCAUCAUUAAAAUACAAGCAAACUAAAAUACAUGUAGAAGCAGAUAAAAGCAUAGUUUUUUUAUGGGCUGAGAAAUAUUUUCAUAUCUUUUCUGUCAAAAAAGUAAUUUAGAAAUUAACAUCACUUACUUGAUUGUUUACAUUGGUUGUGAGCUGUGGUGACCCCUGUGUGAACCCAUUUCAGUCACAUGAUUCCUCACCCUGCAUUACAAAGCUUGAAUUGAUAUUUUAAGCAUAGCUGACAAAUCGGUAUUACUUUGUUCGCUGGCUGCGUCACACGUUCAUUUUAGUGUAGAGUCUUCAAACUUGGUAUGCACAUUGGUCAUGGUCAGUAGAUGAUCCUUAUUAAUGUUGGGGUCAAUUAUCAUGGGUCAAAGGUGAGGUCAUGGUCAUGUGACCUUCACUAGGAAAUGUAUGGCCUAUCGAUAACUUCUAUCAAUAAAUUAACUAGAAAAAAAUAUGGGCGCUGACCCGACACGCGCGACACAUCAUUCUGGUAGUUUCAUUAAAGAUUCUUUGUUUGAGAUGUAAAAAUGUAAACUAUUAACUUAUUAUGGUCUAACUUCAAAUGGUAUGUCAAUUUCAUUAACUACAUCAUGCCAUUUUGUUGAUAGUUUGAACGAUGUACCGUUACUAAGGAACGGUAAAUAUCGUAUGAAAUGUACAUCUGUAAUGCUUUUCCUUAAUGUAAAUAUAGUGGUGCAUUUCUUAACAUUACAUGGUUUCAAAAUGUUCAGAAUGUCUGCUAUUAAAAUCUUUGAUUCCUAUUAUUUUAAGACAUAACAGUAAAAAAUGUUAGUUUCUGCUUUCCUGACCUAAUUUUUUACACCUGACCAUUUUUUUGGUUAUCGCUAGUAGACUUUUUUUUCUAAAUGUUAAGUAAAUUUUCCCGUUUUGUAUAAACUUUUGGUAUUUUUUGCUUCCGAAAAACUUGCAAAUCUGUGAAAAUAGUUUUUAGUGUGAAAAUGAUUUUUAUAAACAACUUUAUUAAAAAUAAUAAAUAAUAUCCUAACCCUCGUACCCUUAUUUUUGGCGGUGAAAUAAGAAAGAAAAAUUAUUAACAUAGAUGCCUUUAGAAGAAAAAAAAAUCUGCAAUACUUGUGGGGAAAAGUGCUAUGGAUGUACAGGUUCAUAGGAACUGUUGCUUGAAAUAACUAAAUUAAAAUAAUACAAGUUGUGUUUUAGUACCUCUGAUUUGAAUACCUCACAUACAUUAUUUUUAUCAUGAUGGUUGGGUAAUUUUUUAGCUUGUUUGUUUUUGGAAGCAUAGUCAUUCGAUAUUCCACACUCAUGUUUAUAUAAUGAUAAGCCUAAAUUCAUAUAUGUUUAUAUAGAAAUAAAAAUUAUAUUUUACUUAUACAUGUUGUAUUAAUUAAAAAAACACAUGAUAUACGUGGUUAGAAUGCGCUUUGUUUGCAGAGCGAAUUUAAUGGUUAUUCAAUGCAUUAUAUCACCAUUUAAAUAAACUGAUGGCUGAAUUAAUUGUGUGAAAACCAGUAAUUCAUUUUAGCCAGUUUUUUUAAACUAAAAAUCAGUAAUAUUUAUCAUAAUUAUCAUUCCUUAAUACCAUUGAAGAAGAAUUUUUUUUAACCUUUACCAAAAUUUAAGGUUCGCUGGAUACAUUAAUCAUGAAGCGAGGUGCUGUUUUUCUAUGCCUCACGAUUGUCAAGCAGUAGCCCCUAUGGCCCAUCUUUUGUUUCACAUUAUACAGCUCUUAUUAAUCAAAUUAUUCGUCAUUCAUUAUUAUUUUGUUAAUGUGAAUAUACGGAAUAGUGUAAUAGUUGAAUGUAACCUCAUGGGUUGAUGUUAACCUCACUGGAAGUCACUGUCAUUGUACAAAUUCAAAACAUGUGACCUCAGAACGUUAGUACCUCAUUUUCCAUGAUUAAUUAUGUUUAAAGUGUAUAAGACAUUGUAUGAAUAUUAUCUGAUGCUUUAAUUUUCGUGCCCAAUCUUAGAAAAUCAUCGUUCUGUUCUGAUGUUAGUAUUAGAACAUUUAGGUUGACACAUGACCACUGUUGAUGUGUGACCACUGGUUUGAACACACUUCCCGCUUUUUAUAUGCCCAAUAUCUUUGUUGGAAUUUAGAAUUUCUGGUGUGUUGUAGAAAGCAUAAUGAUGCGUCCCUUUAUUUCUCUAAUGCAGAUGUUUGGGUAAAGGUUUGUAUUACUAAGUUCUUGUAUGAACACAUUUCAGUUUCAGUCAGGGGUCUAUUGAUAUAUGAAAUACUAAAGUUUAAUACUUUACUUACAAACGGUCGUAUUAUGUACCUCUAAUAUAAUAAUGGAUCGUGAAAAGCAGAAAUUGGUCUGUUUGUAAAUAUGGUUUAAGCAAGAUCUAUGAGAUAAAACUUUCUUGUUGAUAAACAAAAUAAUUGAGGCACCCAUGCUGAUAUUUUCUAUUUUUAGGUCAGUUGUGUUUAUAACAGCAUUUCCAUUUUUUGUGUGAAAACAUUUUUGGUACAAUUUGUAUAAUGAAAACUCAGAAGUUUACUACAAGACCGAUUUCGCUUUGACGCAGUCCAAUUAUAAUUAUAUAUGCUAUGAUUACCUCCCAAAAUUAACCUCAAAAUACAUGGACAUUAUAAGUUAUGUUAAAGGGUUUGUAAAUCUAAAACAUUCAAGUUUGUUAUUGUAAGGAGAUCUAGUAUUGUUGGGUUUUCAUGAUUUGUUGAGAAUUGUUAACUAUUGUUUGAGAAUUGUUAACUAUUGUUUGUUAAAAAUCGCUGUAUUGUUAUCUUUUAAUUUUGUCUGUUUUCUUUUUUUCUAUAGGGCAAUAAAUA